AUGACUUUUGGAUUGAUUGCUUGUAUGGUAUAUUUUAUCAAACCAUACAGUACUCCUUCUGGUAUGCAUCCUCUAAUAUGUUGGAAUGGCCUUCAUGUAAAUCAGGCAUUCAACGAUUGGAGUAAGGUUAUCUCUUUGGCAGGACCAGGACUUGUAAUGUUGGAAGCAAAGUUUUUUGCCCUUGAGGUCUUGACUUUAACAGCGUCCCAUUUGGGAACUAUCCCUUUAGCGGCUCAAACUAUUGGAACAGAAAUUGCGUCUUUAAUGUAUCAGAUCCUGAUUGCAAUAGGACUUGCUUCAUCUAAUCGUGUUGCUGAUUUCUUGGGUGCCGGCUUAAACUCAGCAGCAAAGAAAACUACUCAAGUCGCAUUAUACUUAGAUAUGAUUUUUUGCAUUAUAAUUUCUGCUUCUUUUAUUGCUUUAAAGGUUUGA